AGCUUAUUCUAUUUUAAACCCCUAGAUGCAGACGCGGUACGUCACGUACCGCCCCGCCGUCUCGGACGGCCGCACGAUCUUGACGACGUCGCCGACCUUGAGGCCGUAGUAGCGCGCGACCGGGUCCGUGCGCUGGAUGCGCGGCAGCUGCUCCGCCCGGAGCUUGUAGCGGUCCAGGAGCGCCUGCCGGUCCUCGGGCGACAGGAGGGCGUGCGCCGGCACGAGGCGGUGCUCGGUCACGUCGACCAGCAGCUCGGCGUCGCGGAAGUGCUCGAUCAGGUACGUGGAGGCCAUCUCCUGGAGCGCGGUCUUGGCGAAGGGCGUGACGCCCUGCUUCACCACGAGGAUCGCGUGGCUCACGCUCGCCUCCUUCAUCAUCUCGCAGUACUGCUUGAUGGUCUUGACGCCCACCUUGUCGUCGUCCGGCAGGAAGACGAAGAGCUGGUCCUCGGCGUCGGUCUCGUGCUCCGCGAGGAUCGUCAGGUCGUUCCGCUUCGGCUGGUCGCCGAACUGGUCCACGAAGCCCCGCGGCGUCAUGGCGAGCUGCGCCGCGUCGACGACGUACGACCGCUUCUUGAGCAUCUUGAGCAGCGUCCGCCGGAUGCGGAAGAGGUGCGAGGCCUCGCCCGUGAGCGCCGCGCGCUCCUCGAGGGCGGCCAUCGCCUAUAGCGUCGAUUUCGCUGGUGCCGCCGCGGGGCUCAAUGCCGCUCGCGGCCGGCCCGUUGCCGGGUGGCGCCCAGCGCCGUUUAAACGCGCGCGAGGCCGCACCGCUUUUAAGAAUAGUGCGAAUUAUGCCACCGCGUCAAGCGUACGCGAGGCUCCGCGAGGCUCCGCGACGCUCGAG